AUGGCGUUGAAGUUUAUUCUUGGUUUGGCCUUGGUAGCCGCUGUUUCCUGCUACAGUGCUUAUUCUCCACAGGUUUAUUGGAAGUGUUAUGCAAUUAAAACGUUCAUUCCGGACUCGAAAUUGAUCACAUUCCAACCGAAUAUUGCAUACUACGAGGAAGACGGAAUAGAGAAAGCGGUUGUUGUUUGCGAUGAUAAACCGCCAUCGGCCAUAUUGGCUCAAUGGCCGAAUACGACGCCGGAUGCCGAAAAAAGCGAUAUCGCAAUAUUGUCUUAUGGAUCUCGCACCACCUAUGUCGCCGAGUGCAACGAAGAAACUAAGAGAUAUGAGGCAAAGAAUGUUUUAACUGGCAAAACAAUUCCUUUCUCAAAAGUGGCUUGUGCAAAUCUGUUUGAUUUUUCUGGCGGCUCAAGCUAA